AUGUUAUCCAGCCACCAGACUGUGCCCGAGACACGGCGCCAGAUCUGCAAAUCGACAGGGUUGGGCGAGUUGCUGUCUCUUCUGCAUUUUGCAAUGUCAUGUCAUGUGAUGCGUGCAGCGCAAUGCAGCACACCGCAGCUAGUGCUUCCAUUUUUGGGCAGAAGGGUGAAUGGAGAAGUGGUCGCAAAAACCAAUAUCCCACCAUAUCCCAAUGGAUAUACAUCUCCCACAAACGGGCUGGGGGGUGUUGGAGUUGGAAUUGGGAUUGGGUUUCGACGGCGAUAUUGGGUUUGGGUUUCGACGGCGAUAUUGGGAUUGGGUUUCGACGACGCGAUCUUGCCAUUGGGAUUCAACGACAUGCCAUCCCACACCCACGACCCAAGCUCCAGCCCGCGCCGAAGCCGAACAUUGCGAACGCACCAGACGCAGCGAGACGAGUCCCCCAUUUCGAGCAUGUCGCAUCGCUCACCCACUGCGAGUCGCGAUGCCCAACCUUUGAGUCCUGCGAAGGGCAAGAGUGGUGACAUGAACUCUACCACAAGCAGCACCGCCACCACCUCCACCACCAGCAUCUUCACCGUCCCCGCCCCAAUCAAACACCUCUUCGACAAGUUUCCGCUCCAAACGUACGCCGCGAACGGGUUGCCGCAGCGGGCACCGCGACAGCGGGAUGUACAUGUGCUGUAUGUCUUCGCAGGCGAGGAGGGCCGCAGUUUCCACCCAGCGUGUUUAAAAUGGGAGGCCUAUCUCCGCUUCAACAAGAUCCCAUUUCGCAUCGCCCGCUCAAAUAACCACGCGAGUCCCAGUGGGUCAUUGCCAUUUUUACUCCCCGCCCAGACAGACGGCAAGCCGCAGAGCCAGCCCGUGCCGUCGGCGAAACUGCAGAGAUGGGCGAUGCUGAAUAGUGGGAUGGAGGGCGGAAUUCAGGAGCCUGGGGAUAUACGAUACGAGGCCUAUCUCAGUCUCAUCGAGCACAGGAUUAGAAGAGCUUGGCUCUACACAAUCUACCUCUCCCCCCCAAACUCCCCACCCUCUACACCCCUCUACAUCCUCCCCACAACCACAAACCCCCUCGUCCGCCUCUCCCUAGCCCACUCCCUCCGCCAAGCAGCAACCUCCCAACUCCUCCUCCACACCCCCACCAUCCACCCCUCCACCCUGCUCGCCCAAGCCGACGAAGCCUUUGCCGCCCUCGACGCCCUGCUCGGCCAGGAUUCGUGGUUUUUUGGCGCGGGGCGCCCGGGGCUGCUGGAUGCAAGUGUUUUUUCGUAUACGGAUUUGGUGAUGAGGGGGGUGGGGGAGGGGGGGUUGGGGGGGUGUGUUAGGGGGAGGGGGGGGUUGGUGGCGCAUUGGGAGAGGUGUUUGGGGUGGGGGUGGGGGGAUGGAGGUUGA